GUUAGUGAGGCAGUUCCCAUGAUGAUCGUACUACUAGUUUGUGUUGUUGGUUUAUCAGUAGUGAGUGGUCAGCAUACAGGAGGUGGUAAGCCAGCCUAUAAUUAUGGUGAUGCUUUGGGGAAAUCCAUCCUGUUCUUUGACGCACAACGUUCUGGUAAACUACCGUCCAACAAUCCUAUCAAAUGGAGAGGAGACUCAGCUCUGCAUGAUAAAGGCUCCCAUGGUGAAGAUCUUACAGGUGGAUGGUAUGAUGCUGGAGACAAUGUAAAGUUCAACCUGCCAAUGGCUUCGUCUACUACCUUGUUACUCUGGGGAUUUAUUCAGUGGAAAGACGCCUACCAAUCCAGCCAUCAAAUCAAUCAGAUGUAUGAUAGCGUCAAGUGGCCACUGGAUUAUUUCUUGAAGUGCUGGAACCCUCACAGUCAGACGUACUAUGCACAGGUCGGUAAUGGAAACGCAGAUCAUUCGUUCUGGGGAAGGCCGGAAGACAUGACCAUGGCACGUCCAGCUUACAAAGUGACAGCUAGUAAACCCGGAAGCGACGUAGCUGGUGGAACUGCUGCUGCCCUCGCUGCUGGAUCCAUUGCUUUCAAGUCAAAAGAUCAUGGUUAUUCUUCUAAACUCCUGAACUCGGCUAAAAGUCUGUACCAAUUCGCCAAGAAUCACAAAGGAAUCUACAGUUCCAGCAUUCCUGAAGCCUCUCAGUUUUACAGAUCAAGUGGGUAUAAGGAUGAACUAUGUGAAGCCGCCAUGUGGUUAUACAAAGCAACUAAAGACCACCAAUAUCUGAAUGAUGCUAAAUCUUUCCAUGAAAACGCUUGGGCCUGGGCUCUGUCUUGGGACGACAAGAAGAUUGCUUGCCAGAUGCUGCUGUAUGAAGCCACUAAAGACAACCAAUACAAGCAGGAAAUUGAGGGAUAUUUUAAAGGAUGGAAGCCUGGUGGUGGAAUCAAAUACACACCUUGUGGACUAGCUUGGAGAGACCAGUGGGGUUCGACCAGAUAUGCAGCAAACACUGCCUUCAUGGCUCUGAUGGCUGCCGAUCAUGGUAUAGAUGCUCUAUCGUUAAGAAAAUGGGCGCAGGGUCAAAUUAACUAUAUCCUGGGCGACAACAAUAAAUGUUUCAGCUACAUGAUUGGUUUUGGUAAACAUUAUCCAUUGAGACCACAUCAUAGAGGAGCGUCCUGUCAUGCCCAUUGUGAUUCUAGUAUUCUACACAGUUCAGCCCCCAGUCCACAUGUCCUAGUCGGAGCUCUAGUAGGUGGUCCUGAUGAACACGAUAAGUAUGUAGACAAACGAGAUGACUAUGUGCACAAUGAGGUAGCUUGUGAUUACAAUGCUGGUUUCCAGUCCGCUCUUGCAGGUCUCACUCAUCUGGUACACACCAACAAUCUACCACAAGCUGAUAAACGAAAAUGCCAUUGUUAAUAAAUUAUUUCUAUGAAU